AUGUCUGAACUGCAUGUUGAUCCUCUGCCAUCAAAAGAUGUUCCUACUCCUGUCGUUGAUACUACAGAGGACGAUGUUGACACAUCUGGUAAGAACACACUUAAUCAAAACUCUGAUGUUCCAAAUUCUGUUGAAAACCUAGGUUUAAAGGACCCUGCUAUGUCUGAAAAAUUGGGGAAAACUGUUCCUAACCCCCCUACUGUUGUUGAUGCUAAUAUUGGCGAUGAUAAAGGUAUGAUGGUUGAGUUCAAAAAAUCUAUGAUGGAAGCCUUCGACAUGACUGAUUUGGGGAAGAUGAGAUUCUUUCUUGGCAUUGAAAUUUUGCAAAAAUCUGAAGGAAUUUUUAUAUGCCAAAGAAAAUAUGCCACUGAUAUUUUAAAGAAGUUUACAAUGUCUGAGAGCAAGCCUGUUAAUUGUCCAAUUGUUCCAGGUUCCAAGAUUAAUAGGGAUGUUAACGGGGCUGCUGUUGAUGAUACUUAUUUCAAGAAGAUUGUUGGAUGUCUAAUGUACCUUACCGCUACAAGACCAGAUAUCAUGUUUAGUGUAAGCUUAAUUAGCCGGUAUAUGUCAAAACCAACUGAGUUGCAUUUACAAGCUGCUAAAAGGAUACUAAGGUAUUUGAAGGGAACUACUAGCUAUGGGAUAUUCUACAAGAAGGGAGGGGAAACAGACUUGCUUGCUUUUACGGAUUCUGAUUAUGCAGGAGAUGAAGAAGAUUCUAAAAGCACAUCAGGUUAUGUUUUCUUCUUAAGUUCUGGAGCUGUGUCAUGGAUGUCCAAGAAGCAACCAAUUGUUACUCUCUCAACAACUGAAGCUGAAUUUGUGGCUGCUGCCACAAGUGCAUGUCAAGCUGUGUGGAUGAGAAGGAUUUUGAAAAAUAUAAGUCAUGUUCAAGAAGGUAGCACUGAUGGAGAAAUUGAGCUAGUUCACUGUGUAACUCAGGAGCAGGAUGCAGAUUUGAUGACUAAAGCAUUGAAGCUUGAGGCAUUCCAGAAGCUAAGAAAGAAGAUGGGAAUGCUUGAUUUCACUGAAGUAAACUAG